CCGGAUCCCGUCUUGCGCUGUCCCGUAGGAGAUAGGAACCGUGCCUUGGCUGUUAUCUGCAAGAUUUUGUUCCGGAUCUGCAGUCGAGCAAAAUGAACUGUCGUAAUAUUUGUACUUAAGCAUGUUUCCGCCGCCCUCACGAUGAUGGUGAUGAUAUCGCCGCCUCAAACGCCACGCACGCUACAAUGUUCCUCUCUGAAGAAGCUUCGAACACCGUUCAGGCAUCUGUUCCAGCCUACGAAGAUGAUGUAGAAGGGCUAAAGCUUCCUGCUUCAUUCCAGUGGGGCGCGGCGACAGCCUCAUAUCAGAUCGAGGGCGCUGUGGACACUGACGGAAGGGGGCCCUCAAUAUGGGACGAGUUCGCUCAUCUCCUACCCACUCGCACAAAUGGCGAGAGUGGUGAUGUGGCAUGCGACCACUACCAUCGGAUGCGCCAGGAUGUCACACUGUUGAAAUCUUACGGUGUCGACUGCUACCGUUUCUCAAUCUCAUGGUCCCGACUUAUCCCGCUGGGCGGCCGACAGGAUGCAGUCAAUCCCACUGGUAUCGCAUUUUACAACGAUCUCAUCGACUGUCUGUUAGCUCAGGGAAUCAAGCCAGUAAUCACCCUGUACCAUUGGGAUCUACCAUUGGCUCUUCACAAGCGCUACCAAGGCAUGCUGGACACGGCAGAAUUCCAGGCUGACUUCACCCACUAUGCCAAACUCUGCUUCAAGCAUUUCGGCGAUCGUGUGAAGCAAUGGAUCACAUUCAACGAGCCCUUCAUCAUAUCCAUUUAUGGUUAUCACAGUGGCGUUCUAGCACCUGGUCGCAGCACGGAGCACGGUAAUGAUUCAUCUGCAGAGCCCUUCAGAGUCGGUCACAGCAUCAUUCUGGCGCAUGCUGCCACGGUCGAGCUCUACGUGAAGCACUUCAAUUCUUCACAAGAGGGCUCGAUCUCGAUUGUGCUCAACGGCGACUUUUACGAACCCUAUGAUGCAAACGAUCCAGGCGACAUUGUAGCUGCUCAACGAAGAAUUGAAUUUUACAUUGGCUGGUUUGCAGAUCCUGUGUAUCUUGGAACCGACUAUCCUGCUUGCAUGAGGGAACAAUUAGGAUCUAGGCUCCCGGUCUUCACUCCUACACAGCAGGAUCUCCUGAAGCGUACGGCGCAGUUCAACACGUUUUAUGGUAUGAAUCAUUACACGUCACAAUUUGCGAGAGCCCGGAAGACGGCGCCAAGUGCAGAUGACUACACAGGCAAUGUCGAGGAAUUACCCUACAAUAGCAAAGGCAAGGAAAUUGGCCCUGUCUCAGGUGUAGCAUGGCUUCGCGUUACUCCUGUGCAGUUUCGAAAAUUGCUCAACUGGAUCUGGAAGAGAUAUCACAGGACAAUCUUCGUCACUGAGAAUGGUUGUCCUUGCCCCGGUGAGCAUGAUAUGACUCUCGACCAAGCCGUAAAUGACAGCUUUCGCAUACGAUAUUUCGGAUUGUACAUUGACGCUAUCGCUCGCGCUAUCUCAGAGGACGAAGUCGACGUUGGCGGGUACUAUGCCUGGUCCUUAAUGGACAACUUUGAGUGGUCGGCGGGCUACGACAUUCGAUUCGGAAUCACACAUGUCGACUUCGAGACACAAGUUCGCACACCCAAGGACUCGGCACUGUAUCUGCGUCAAACAUUCCGUGAGCGAAGGAGCUGAGACCGCGCGUCGAUGUAGAGGAGAUUCUUGUGCAGUGACCAUUAUUGGCGCGGAGAUGAAUACUAUCUGCUCUUUGGAAAGCAGCAUUGUCUGCCGAACUAUCGUACUCCAGCGUAUCACCAGCGUCUU